GAAGGAACCCAGCACCAAUGCCUGGGUUCCUCGAACCCAGGCGCGGGUGGAGGCACCAGGCGUGCUGGGUUCGAGGAACCCAAGCGCGGGUUCCUCGAACCCAGGCGCCUGGGUUCCAUCAAACCUAGGCCCUGGGUUUGGCUCUGGCCGCCGAUGCUCCGGCUCCGACCCCGACAGCUGGUGCUGGCUCGUUGUCGCCAUCAUUUGUCUCGGCUGUCUUUGCCGUCAUCGUUGCUUUGCUUCUCGGCUCCUCGCUCCGGAUCUGAGCUGAGAUUGCUUGCUGGCGGUCGUAUGCCAUUCGCUGAUUGUGGAUUCAUAGUCAUGCUUGAAUGGGAUUUAGAGUUUUGUGUGGUUUCUGAUUGCUUGAAUUUCCAUCUUUAGUUACUGUUGAUGUUGAUUGAAGGAAUGUGGUGUUUUUUUCAUUUUUCUUUGCAGAUUUGGUAUACAUUUGUAGAGGAAUUGAUUUUUUGAAUCAGAUUUAUUGAGUUCUAUUAGGGAGGAGGUUUGGGGAAGAAGUAGAUGGUGAUUGGAGUGGUAAUAGAUGAUCGAAGUAAUG